AAACACUUCCGUCAUAUUCGGAUGAGUUCCGAGUACAUCCGAAGUCAAAAUACCCCAAAAGAGGGCGCUGCUCUGUGAAGCCAUCGGUUGUUUUGUACAGAAAUUAUAUAAUCAUGUCGAGGAAAGUGUCGACAAAGGUUUUUAUUGGCAACAUGCCCGACACAUGUCGAAAGACAGACUUAGAGGAGAUGUUUUCUAAAUAUGGAGAAAUCGUCGAGUGUGACAUUGUCAAAAAUUUUGGCUUUGUGCAUUUUGCUGAUCCAACAUGUGCUAAAACAGCUGUCGACAAUUUGAAUGGCAUUCAGUUUCAAGGAACUGAUCUAAAGGUUGAGUUAUCUCAUAGCCGAGUAAGACAAAAACCUGGCAUGGGAGGACAGGGAGACUGUUAUAAAUGUGGCAAGAGUGGCCACUGGUCAAAGGAUUGUCCAUCUGGACCAACAAGACCCAGAUACCCUCCAAGGGAAAGUCCGUAUGCGCGACCUCGAGAUCCGUACGAUGACCCUUACUACAGAGACCGAUAUUUGCCACCGCCACCUCCGAUGGACCGAUACCGACCCUACCCAGACAUCUACGAUCGCAGGCCACCUCCUCCACCCAGAGAUCCGUAUUACAGAGACCGAGAUCCGUACACAAGACCUCCACCGGAUUAUUACAGGAGAUCACCACCUAGAGAUCCUUACUAUGAUGAUUACUACAGGAGACGAUUCGGAGGCCGAAGUAAAGCUAUCCCUCUUCCACCAGUUCCUGGUCGUGCUGCCUCGCCUCCGCUGCCAGUCCCUCCUCGAUCCCGCGUUCCCGGGCCAUACUGAGAAACGGGUACCGCGUUCGUACAGACACGUGGACUUCCUGAUGUAUUCGCCUCGUUGAUUGUCACGGUUUUCAUCUUCGGAAAAUUUAACACUUACGUUGUGCUUGUUUAAAAAAAGAAAGAAAAACAAAAAAAAGACGGGAUUCGUGGAUUCGGUUCGACGGAUUUCAUGUAUCAUUUUCAUUGUGUAUUAUACAUUCAUUUUCCAUAUCGUGUUUAGACAAUUUUUAGAUCAUGACAAUUACGGAAGAAAAAUUGUUUACAUGUUACUUUUAGAAUAGUGCAUUUGACAUAAAUCGCCUACGUUCGGUGAAGACGUGUUCGUGUUUCUUGGAAGGAAAUAAAAUCGGUAUAACGGUCAAGUGAAAUUUCAUUCUGCGUGUAUUACGAAAAAAUCUGUUUUAUUGUCUAAGCUUAGUUUAAAUGUUAUCCUCUUUGCAAAGUUGUACUUCGUACCUGUUACAGUUUAAGUCGUAGUACGUUUUAAAGCAGUUACAUAAUUAUAUUGUAAUUAUGGAUUAUGUUCUUGUCUGUACAGUUAUGUGUUCAGGGGUGCAGAAAGUACUCAUCCACUUACAAAUGUGAGUGAAAAUUUUGACGGACUAGAUUAAGAAUACAACCACUAGUGGGUUUUUUUUAACUGACUGCAAAUAAAGUAUUUAUUUUUAUUUCCAAUGAAUCCUUUAUUCCACAUGUCACAGUUUCAAACUCAAACUACUUAGAAUGUUGACUAAAUACUCUGUUUCUGUUUCUUUAUACUUUAUUACUCAUUUCAUUUAUCAUCCAUUUUAAAUCAGUAUCACUAAUGCAAACAAAAGUUACAAUUCAAGAGAUCUGAACAUUUGGUUUUAUUGGAUGAUCACUUCAAAUGAAGUUUGUAUUAUAACAAGUUACAACACAUGUAUUAUGUAGUGCUGUAGGCCUUCAGACAAGUUUAACUUCUAGCAGAAUAGUAAAUGUUACUUGUUACUAGUCUGAAAUGAAGUUUGUAUUAUAACAAGUUAAAACACAUGCAUUAUGUAGUUCUGUAGGCCUUCAGACUGGUUGAACCUCUGGCAGAAUAGUAAAUGUUACUUGGUACUAGUCUGCAAUGUUCGAGAUUAAAAAUGUUGCGCAGUAUCCAAGUUUGAUACUAACAUUUCAAAAUAUGGUAUCCCACCUGAGAAUUUAGUAAACCACUUAAAUGAAAUUCAUAAAUAACAUCGUAACAAACUUGGAUGACACUGUUCUUGUUCCCAGUCUAUAUUGCUAUGCUGCAAUCGAAAUCGCAGACUUGGUGAAAUUUGCAAUCAAAUGGAAUUGGCAAAAAGAUUUGCUGCAUCUGUACUGACAUAAAUUAAUAUUUAGCAGUAACCUAUAAGUGUUUCUGACAUUACUAAUGACAAACCUACCUGUAUCAAUUUUGUGUAGAUGUGGAAUCAAUAUCCCAAAAAUAUUUUGAAAUGAGGAAAUAUCCAACAAAAACAAUAGCGACUUAGCAGUUUUCAGUCUAUUGAUACGCCGCUAUUGCUCCAGUAUAG